CUGAGAAUUCAGGACAAGGGGGAGGAUACUUCAGUCUUUUCACAUUCUCUGUUCUCUGUCUCUCUCUCUCUCUCUCUCUCCGCGCGAUAGUUUGGAACCCGUUUCGCCAUGGAAGACCUUAAAUUAUGCAUCCUACUGGGCUGACAAAACCGCUAGUUCUUCUCUUUGUAACGUUAGGUACCACCAUUAUCUUCCUUCUCUUUUUCCAGCCAUUCACAGAGCCUCACCCCUCUUCUUCUACACGACGGGACUCCAUGGCUCGAAGCUUCAUCUUGUGGCUUCACGGGUUGGGCGAUUCGGGUCCCGCCAAUGAACCCAUCAGAACUCUAUUCACUUCUCCAGAGUUCAGAAACACCAAAUGGUCUUUUCCCUCUGCUCCUUCCAACCCAGUCACCUGCAACUAUGGUAUGGUGAUGCCUUCAUGGUUUGACAUUCAUGAGAUUCCUGUGACAGCUAGUUCCCCUCAAGAUGAAAGUGGUUUGCUUAAAGCAGUUCGGAAUGUGCAUGCAAUAAUAGACAAAGAGAUUGCCGCUGGAACAAAUCCCAACAAUGUAUUUGUAUGUGGAUUUAGUCAAGGAGGUGCUUUGACCUUGGCCAGUGUUCUGAUGUACCCAAAAACUCUUGGAGGAGGUGCAGUCUUUAGUGGAUGGAUUCCCUUUAAUUCCUCUAUGCCAGAACAAUUCCCAUCAGAUGCAGCAAAGACUCCUAUUCUGUGGUCUCAUGGAAUGGCUGAUAAAACAGUAUUGUUUGAAGCUGGACAAGCAGGUCCCCCAUUCCUUGAACGAGCCGGUGUAACCUGUGAGUUUAAGGCAUAUCCUGGUCUUGGCCAUUCAAUAAGCAACGAGGAACUGCGGCACCUGGAAUCGUGGAUCAAGGCUCGUCUACAGAGUUCUUCGUAAACGUUUGAGUAUUCUUGAAGUUACUCGGAGUUAUUAAGUUAUGAUAAUCAGAAAUUGGUAUCCCGGUUGUUGAUUAAUCAUGAUAUACAAAA